AUGGACGCGACAUCAACCACGUCUGAACUCAAGGACGUGAUGCGAGACUUACUUCUACGAGGCCGGUUCUUUGACAUGAAGAUUCUUUGCCAAGGAAUUACUUUCAAGGUUCACCAAGCUAUUGUGUGUACUCAGUCAAGCUAUUUCUAUAGCGCGAUGUGCGAUGGCUUCAAGAAAGCUGUCAAUAUCGAAGACGACACCCCAGAGACCAUGGAGCGUGUUCUAUCUUUUCUCUAUCUCAGGGAGUAUAGUGAGGAUGGGCACAUAAUUCAAUAUCAACAACCCAUAUCGGCGCUUCCCAUUUGUGACCAUGAAUCUGGUUCAUCUCUUUCGGAAAACAAGCCAGAAAUCUCAGAGCCAGCCAACCAAGCUGCUUUCAACAACAUUGAAGUAUUCAUCGCUGCUGAUAAGUACGCAAUCCUUCCAUUGAAAUCUCUGGCUACCCUGAAGUUUUCACGAUGGGCGAACACAAAUUGCAGCUCUCCAAUGUUUCACGAAGUCGUGCAAAAGGUCAUGAUGUCAGUACCACCACAUGAAUCAACUCUUCGGGAAGUGAUUGCAGACGUCAUAUCGAGGCAUGUCUUCGACCUUAUCAAAGACCCGGAGAUAGUACACAACUUGGAUUCUUUUGGAUGUCUUGAGUCCCUCGUUAUUGCGAGAUUAAUCAGCAACGAGAUGGUGAAACGGCCUAACGAAUAUGACGUUCUGCGAGCGUUGGUUCAGAAGAUCAACGCUUCUCGGCGCUGUCGGCAUUGUGCGAAAGAUUUUAACGUAAGAUUAAUAAGUGGGGAGUAUCUAGAUGAGAAUUUCCGCUGCGCUUCUUGCAAUACACGAAAUUGA